AUGAACAGGCGCGCCGGUGUUCAGGGCAAACUUUCCAAUAAGCCUUCCGGUAUACCGUUCGCAAGAGUAAUGAUGGUUAAUUUUAAUGGCGCGUCGUCGGCCGAAGCGUCACCCGCGACGUCGCUCGGCGCUCGCCGCCUCCCACCGCGGCCCCGGCGCGUGACCGAACUACGCAACCAGCCUCGAUAUUGGAAUACUACCGCGUCGACCCAAAGUCUGGCGAUAAAUUUAGUUAUUACUUGUGAAAAUAGACGGAAGGAGAUCGCUAACUUAUCCUCG